AUGGAUUCAAAAUUGGUAGACGAGAGCUUUGCUAAAGCGCUACCAAAAAUUGAGCUGCACGCCCAUCUCAGCGGUAGCAUCAGUCGCCAAUGCCUACAUGAGAUCUGGCUGCAGAAGAAAAAGAGUAACUCUGAAUUCAAUGUGGAGGAUCCAUUGGUGCUCAUGCCACCAGGAAAAGUUGACUAUACUCUUGAAACAUUCUUUUCAACCUUCUCCAAAUUGACCUACCAACUCUGCAAUGAUUUGGCAAGCUUGGUAUACGCUACCAACUCUGUUCUGGAGGAUUUUCUCAAUGAUGGAGUUGUAUACCUCGAGCUGCGGACUAUACCGCGGGCAUCCCCUGGUAUCACUCGAGAGGAAUACAUUGACACAGUGCUGAAGACCAUUGAAACCUUCAGAAGCAAAGAGAAAAAAAUGUCUGUCUUUCUGAUCCUUGCCAUUGAUAGAGGCAACAUGUUAGCAAGCGAGGCGGAUGAAAUCGUCAAGCUUGCGAUCGAAAACAGACCACGCGGCGUUGUUGGCGUGGAUAUUUGUGGCAACCCAACACGAGGAGAUGUCAGCAUCUUCAAGGAUUCAUUCUCGAAAGCGAAAUCUAACGGACUAGGAAUCACUCUACACUUCGCCGAAACAGCGGCUUCAGCGUCCCCAAGUGAACUGGCGACCUUGCUUUCAUUCCAACCCGAUCGGAUUGGCCAUGUUAUUCACGUGCCUGAUGAUGUCAAGAAAGAGAUUGCGAGGCGUAAAAUUGGUUUGGAGCUUUGCAUCUCGUGUAACGUUCAUGCGAAGAUGAUUAAUGGUGGAUUUUUGGAUCACCAUUUCGGGUAUUGGCGACAUGAAGAGUGCCCAAUUGCUUUAUGUAUCGAUGAUGUUGGCUUUUUCUGUAGCCCCGUCUCGAACGAAUACCUGUUGGCUGCACAGCAUUUCGGAUUGAGUCGGACUGACCUCUUUAACAUGACUUUUAAAACCGUGGAUUCAAUUUUUGCUAGCCAAUACUACAAAGAUCAAGUCCGUGAUCAUCUUGUUGCCUUUGCCGCCAGUUCAGAACUUGAAUGA